CAGUUGGAGGAGGAAAUGACUGACAGCUCCAAGACUGAUACUAUAAAUAGCACCUCAAGUAGUACAACUGCCUCAAGCCUGGAUAAGGUCAAAGUGCACUCAGUGAGAUCAAUUUGUAAGACAACAGUGACUUCAUCAGCUAUUUUAACGGUGCUAAAGAAGACCAAUCCCCCACCUCCACCUCCACGAUUAACACCCAUCCGAUCUGAGGACCCUUGCAGGCCCCCUAUCUGCAUGAAACCUCUGAGGACUAAUGGGGCCUUGCUUCGCAAUGGAGCAAUAUUGUGUAAGACAGAUAAAAUGCCAAAUGGAGAUGUAUGCUGUCUCCCUGGUAGCAAUCCAGAAAAAUUGCAUAAACAGCCACCAGUGCCCAGAGUCGAUAAAAACAGAUAUCAACAGGUCACACGAGAAAGAGUUCGAUUUAAUGAGGAAGUUCAGUACCACGGCUACUGUCCAGAUUGUGAUGUUCGGUAUGACAUGAGAAACAGGGAUGUGCACUUGCAUGGUGAAUUAAGCAACACAAAAGGAAAACCACCUCAUCAGUGCCCUCCCCUUGAAAAUGGAGGAUCGUGCGGUAACUUUAGUACUAAUUUCUCAAACAUAAAAGCUAAAAUCACACCUCCACAGACUGCUCCAAAACCUCAAAAGACUAUUCUGAGGAAGUCAACAACCACAACGGUUUGA